AAACGCCACUUUCAGACUGGUAACAGUUUGACAUGUGUUCAGAGUGAGGACAGAGGCCCGGUCUCAUGUUUCUUUUCACAGGCGGAAUCAAGAUGUUGUAAAUCUGACACUGUGUUUUAAACAGUGUUGCUCUUUUGUAAUCUGCAGAUUCGACAAUAGUAUCAGAUGUAGAGCGGAUGUGGUCCGGUCCCCGUGACCGUUCGUAUCUGCGACUAAGUUUAGCAGGAGGAGCUGGUGGAGACAUCACCACCGACUAAUGAUGUGUUGAUCCUUACUUUCCUGUUAACUUCCGACCAGAUAACCACAGUUAACAGUUUCCGUUCAUCUUCUACGUGUAUAUACAUUCAGCGAUCAUCAGACAUAAUGAAACUGUUAGCUAGCUAGCUCCCGUCGUGCAUUGAUUUAUCCUGUGGGUGGCAGCAGCGCGCCUACGAGAGCUGCCUCCGCUGUAUUUUCUGAGGGUGAAGAAGAAAAGCAGACACGGUAUUGUACGGAUUAACCAAUCGUUGUGCUUCCUGCUUCUGGCUCGUCCAAUCAGAUGCCUGGUGGGCGGGACAUCCCCCUGCAUAGUGAUCAACUCUAAAAUUGAAUCGUUGUGUUGUGAGUCGUGGAUCUGAUGAUCCGAUCCCUGUUUGUGGAAACGUAUCGCGCUCAGGUGCAGUGAGUGAAAGUUGUGUGUCUGUGUUUAAAAAGAGAAACCUCACCAGAGUCCACACGUGCUCGUUAACGAAGCUUCCAGAGUCCACAGAUGACAGUACUCAGCUAACUCGGCUAAGCUAACCACCUAGCCCAAGCAUCAUGCCCAAUUUUUGCGCGGCCCCGAACUGCACACGGAAGAGCACACAGUCCGAUUUGGCUUUUUUUCGGUUUCCCCGGGACCCGGAGAGAUGUCGAAUCUGGGUAGAGAACUGCCGCAGAGCAGAUCUCGAGGCGAAAACUUCGGACCAGCUGAACAAGCACUAUAGAUUAUGCGCCAAACACUUCGAUCCAGCCAUGGUUUGCAAAACUAGCCCCUAUAGGACUGUACUGAAGGAUACAGCCAUUCCAACAAUAUUUGAUCUGACGAGCCAUCUCAAAAAUCCUCACACCAGACAUCGCAAACGGAUUAAAGAGCUUACUGAAGAAGAUAUAAGAAAGAUUAAAGAAAGGAGACUGGCGUCCUCCAUUGAGCAGCUUGUGUCCAAACAAGAUGCAGCAGUUGAGGACAGCUCGAGCACCAACGAGGAAGAACCUCAGCUGUCCACAGAGGAGAAGGAGUUCCGUGAAUACCUGAGAUCCUUGUUUGAGGUCGUGGUCAUGUUGGCAAAACAGAGCAUCCCGUUAGUGGCGGACCAAGCAAAAGAACCUGAGCGCAAGUCCAACAACCUCCAGGCCCUGCUCGAUUACCGCAUGAAUGCAGGAGAUGAAGCUUUGAAGAGGCGCUUUGAGGCGACAGCUGUGAACACAGACUACCUCUCUGUGACCCAGCAGAGUCAGCUGCUGGAUGUGUGUGAGAACACGGUGAGGGAGGAGAUGCUGAUGGAAGUGAGAGAGAGUCGCUUCUUCUCCAUCGUAACGGGCGACCUCGUAGAGUUCUCCAACGAGAGGCACCUUCCUCUGUUUUUACGCUUCGUGAAUCAGCAGAACGUUCUCCGGGAGGAGUUUUUAGACUUUGUGCUGUUCGAUGGAGAUGAGGCCUCGCUGGUGGAGCGACUGGAGGCCCAGCUGACUGAUCGGUGGGGGCUCAGCAUGGAGGACUGCCGUGGUCAGGCCCACAAGGCCACUGGGAGUUCCACCACCAAGAUGAAAGCUGUGGCAGUGUUACUGAUGGAGAAGUAUCCCCUGCUUCUGAGCAUGCCGUGCUCCCACAUGGCACUGAACGUCCACCUGGCCAGCAGUCUGCCUUUUCCAAAUGUGCAGGUUGUCAUGGAGAUUCUGAGGAGGGUGGAUGCUUUCUUCAAAACGCCGCUCACCCAGGAGGAGCUGGAUAUCGCUGUCUCCUCUCACUACCAGAAGAAUGAAGACAAGGUCACUGCAGUGAAACAGGCUUGUGGAUCAGGAUGGAUGCAGCAACACAGUGCUUUUGACGUAUUCCUGGAUUUGUUGCCGCCCCUACUGCUGUGCAUGGAAAACAUUCGGGACAAUGACGAUGGAAAGUUUGCCGGCAGCGUCACAGCAGAUGCAUAUUCAAUCACAGAAAUUCUGUUCGACUUUGAGAUCAUUGUCACCGUCGUCAUCCUAAAGAAUGUUCUCACGUUCACCAGAGCUUUUGGGAGGAAUCUCCAAGGAGAAACACUGGAUGUGUUCUUUGCUGCCAACAGUCUAACUGCUGUGCUGCAUUCACUAAACGAGGUCAAUGAUAACAUUGAUGUCUACCAUGAAUUCUGGUAUGAGGAGGCCGUGAGCGUGGCCAACGUAAUGGAGAUUCCUGUGAAGGUCCCGAGGCUUUUCCUCCGGAAACAGCGCAUAGCUGACAUGGAUGAAAUCCAAACAGAGUCGUAUUUUAAGGAGUAUGUGACUGUCCCUGUCAUCCGUGGCAUCAUGCAGGAAGUGGAGGACAUGUUCUCCGACACCAACCUCAAAGCUCUCAAGUGCCUGUCACUGGUCCCUGCUGUCAUGGGCCAGAUGAAGUUCAACACCACAGAGGAGAACUACGCAGAUGUUUACCGCAACGACCUCCCCAACCCAGACACGCUUCCGGCAGAGCUGCACUGCUGGAGGAUCAAGUGGAAGCACAGGGGCAAAGAGGUGCGCCUGCCCACCACCAUCCACGAGACCCUGCAGCUUCCAGACAUCAAGUUCUUUCCCAACGUGAACUCCUUCCUCAAGGUGCUCUCCACCUUACCUGUGCUGAAACUGGAAGAAAACAAAAGCGACACAGCGAGCGAGCGGCUGCAGGCGUAUCUUGCCAGCAUGCCCGCCAAGCAGUGGAACAAAAGCCUCGCAAUGCUCAACAUCAACACUCAUGUCAAACACGACCUGGACGUCAUGGUAGACAAGUACUGCAGACUCUAUCCAGAGGAUGACCCUGAAGCUGAGGAAGCGGCGCCCGAGGAAGAUUCUGUGACGAAAUCGUAAUGACCUUAAAACAAACCUUUGCUCUUAUUGUAUGUGGUGAAACAUUAGUGUGUUGAGAUGCAUCCUAGCCUUAUCUUGUAAAUUUGUCAGGAAGAGAACAUUAAAAUAUUUUCUAAGUCAGAUACACCACAAAAAAUGAUCUGUAAAUAUCAAAUAUUUGCAUCUGUGUUGGGCUGUUAGACUUUAGUAAUAAUGAAUCUUCAUGAAUAAUAUUUUGUAGCUCAUUCACACGAAGCUUUUCUUUAUUGUGUGUUUUUUUAAAUCCAACCACAUGAUGAACACAAGCAGCCCUGUUGAUCUAUAGGACAAGGUUGGUUUUUUUCAAGUGACUGUGAGGCAGGAGGAGCACAAGAGGGAGCAGUUACACCAAUAUCAGCUGAAUGAAGCCAGCCGGAAGCCAUUCUUCCCUCUAUACACAGUGUGAUGUGUUUUUGAUAGUUAUAUAGCCCAGGAUGUUGAUGUGUUCUCAUUGAAACCGUUCAAACAUCUCCUGAUAUGUUGUAAAGUUACACGUUUCUCUUGUGGUGUAUUAAAAAGUCUGGAUUUAGCUGGUUCAUGUUUUAAAUGUUUGUGGUGAUGUAGUUUGUUUUCCUGUGUCUUAAAAUAUUCACAAACAGGCCUAGUUUCAGUUUGUUUGAAUUAAAAA